AUGGCAUUGAACCAGGCCUCUGCGAAUUCGGUCAUGGCUGCGCCUGCCAGCGGUGAAGCUGCGCCUGAUGGCACAGGCGUUAUACAGCUCGACCCUUGGCUAGAACCCUUUCGAGAAGAUCUGAAGUACAGAUUUGCAAAGGCCAAGGAGUGGAUAAAGCAGAUUGACAAAACCGAAGGUGGUUUGGAGAAAUUCAGCCGUGGAUAUGAAAAUUUCGGCUUCACAUUCGAACCCGAUGGCUCGAUAGUUUAUCGCGAAUGGGCCCCAAACGCUGAGCAAGCAUCCUUGAUCGGCGAGUUCAACAACUGGAACAGAGAGUCCCAUCCGAUGAAGAAGAACGAGUACGGUGUAUGGGAACUGAGGCUCCCUGCAAAAGAUGGCGUCCCAGCAAUUGCCCAUGACACCAAAUUGAAGAUUUCCAUGGUCAUUCCGGGAGGAGAGCGCAUUGAAAGAAUACCGGCAUGGAUCACCAGAGUCACACAAAACCUUGCUGUAUCCCCGGUCUAUGACGCAGUGCUAUGGAAUCCUCCCAAAGAGGAGCGUUACGUUUUUAAGAAUUCUCGCCCACCCUAUCCAAAGAGCGUUCGCAUCUACGAAGCACACGUGGGCAUUUCUUCCCCCGAGCUGAAGGUUGCCACGUACAAGGAAUUCACCAAGAACAUGCUCCCAAGGAUCAAAUAUCUCGGGUACAACGUCAUCCAGUUGAUGGCAAUUAUGGAGCACGCUUACUACGCUUCUUUCGGAUAUCAGGUAAACUCCUUUUUCGCAGCCAGCUCGAGGUACGGCACGCCCGAGGAUCUAAAAGAGCUCAUUGACACAGCCCACGGUAUGGGAAUCACUGUGCUCCUGGACGUCGUGCAUUCCCAUGCAAGCAAGAACGUCCUGGACGGCCUCAAUAUGUUCGACGGCAGCGACCACCUUUACUUCCAUGAAGGGGGAAAAGGUCGACACGAGCUGUGGGACUCUCGGCUCUUCAACUAUGGCCAUCACGAAGUUCUACGGUUUCUCCUAUCUAACCUCCGAUUUUGGAUGGAGGAAUACCAAUUCGACGGUUUCCGAUUCGAUGGAGUCACAUCCAUGCUUUACGUGCAUCAUGGUAUUGGCACAGGCUUCUCGGGGGGCUACCACGAAUACUUUGGCCCGUCCGUGGACGUGGAAGCCGUUGUCUAUCUCAUGCUUGCGAACGAAAUGCUCCACGAGAUCUACCCGAAUUGCAUCACCAUUGCUGAAGAUGUUUCUGGCAUGCCUGCGCUGUGUCUGAAACUCUCACUAGGGGGAAUAGGAUUCGACUACCGCCUUGCCAUGGCGGUCCCUGACAUGUAUAUCAAGCUUCUCAAAGAAAAGAAAGACGAUGAAUGGGACAUCGGCAACAUCGCAUUCACCCUGACCAACCGACGCCAUGGCGAGAAGACCAUUGCUUACGCCGAAUCCCACGACCAAGCCCUGGUGGGCGACAAGACACUGAUGAUGUGGCUCGCCGAUGCAGAGAUGUACACCCACAUGUCGGUCCUGACCCCCUUGACGCCGACCAUAGACCGUGCGCUCUCUCUCCACAAAAUGAUCCGCCUGGUCACCCAUGGUUUGGGCGGCGAAGGUUAUCUUAACUUCGAGGGCAACGAGUUCGGUCACCCAGAGUGGCUCGACUUCCCCCGAGCAGGCAAUGACAAUUCCUUCUGGUACGCUCGCCGACAGCUGAACCUGACGGAGGACCAUCUCCUCCGGUACAGGUUCUUGAACGAGUUUGACCGUACCAUGCAGUGGACCGAAGAGAAAUAUGGUUGGCUCCACAGCCCCCAAGCGUAUAUCUCUCUGAAAAACGAAACCGACAAAGUGCUGGUCUUCGAAAGAGCAGGUCUCUUAUGGAUAUUCAAUUUUCAUCCCACGAACUCGUUCACGGAUUAUCGAGUCGGUGUGGAGGUACCAGGCGUUUACCGGAUCGUCAUUGACACCGAUGCCCCUGAGUAUGGUGGGCAUGGCAGGAAUGCAAAGGAAACCAGAUUUUUCACCACUGAUUUGCCGUGGAACAACAGGAAGAACUUCACACAGGUUUAUAUUCCUACGAGGACGGCUUUGGUCCUUGCUCUUGAAUCGACUCUUUGA